GUGAAAACAGCAGCACAGACGUUUAGAGACAGCCGAGAUUUUGACGCGUCAUACUGAAGGAGUCCAGGAUGUGGCGUCCACGUGUUUCCUCCAGUCCCUGCUGUCUUUUACUUUCCCGCCACUCUGUCAUUCUCCUGAUACUGUCUGUUAAAGUGCGGUCUGAGUUGGUGUGUUCAGAUCAGCCAAUCAUAGCUCAGGCUGGUGAUGAUGUCAUCCUGCCAUGUCACUUUGAACCUGCCAUUAACGCCAGCUCUGAGGCGUUGCUGUGGACCAGACGUGACCUGAAGCCCGAGUUAAUCCAUUUUUAUGAGGAGAACCAGCUGAUGCGUUACGUUCUCCAUCCUUCUUUUGUCGUACGAACUGAAACGGUGGAGGACGAGCUGAAGCAUGGGAACGUCUCCCUGAAAAUCAACAACGUGAGACCGUCCGACACCGGGACGUUUUCUCUGCUGCUGAUAGGAUCGAGAAAAGGAGAAGCUUCUGUGCAACUCUUUGUUGUUCCCACCCUGUCCAUUGAUAUAGUCCACAAUGAAACGGGGCGUUUGGUGGUCCAGUGUAAAUAUGAAGGCUGGCAUCCAGGCUCAGAGCUGCUGUGGCUGGACGGAUCAGGAAACACCAUCUCUGCUGGAUCUCUGCAGUCAGUCGGGGGUCCCGAUGAUCAUUUCACUGUCAGCAACUUAACCGUGGAGAAGAAAGACGGGGAUGUGAUCACCUGUAGAGUCCAGCUGAAGAACAUCAACCAGAGGAGAGAAGCACAGAUCCGUGUACCAGAGGAUUUCUUUGAGGAGCGGUCUUUUCACUUGACUCUUGGGAUCAGUUUAACUGCUGCACUGGCUCUCAUGCUUAUCAUCGUCACACUGGUAAUAUACAAAACUAGGAGGCACUGAAAAACUAUGAAGCCAAAUAUCACAACAGAGGUGGCUAGUGACUGACAGGACUAAACAAAAACAAAACAGGGAACCUGAGAGGAACGAAAGUUCAGCUAAGGAAGGAGGGAGGACUGCAGAACGACUGACUGAAGUUCUUUAAAAGAGACAGGACGGCCAACAGAUCAGCUCCAAAGGACAGCAGCACCUCCAAGGAACAAUAAAACACCAAGGAGAGAUGAAGAGUCAAACCUUCAAGUCUUCUCACUGGUCUUUAACCAGUUCCAGCCUCCACAUAGAGGAUCCAUCAUUAUUUUU